AUGGGUACAACUGGCCGCUGGCUGUGCAUAAUCUCCCAGAUGAGCUCCUGUCUUUUGAUGCCGUGCGUCUUCCUUGUGCUCGGCGGCCAGUUGCUUGACGGUCUCUUUCCAAACGCUUUCAGUCAGAGCACAUGGACGAUCCUCAUGGCCUUGACAGUGCUACCGGUGUGUCUAGUGCCGACUCUAAAGGAAGGUUCGGGGGCUGCUUUUGCAGGCUGUGUGGGGACGAUUAUUGCCGACAUUACCGGUGUUGGGAUUGUGAUGCACGGCAUGCGUGGCCACCCCAGCGUUCCGUACCCGGAACUCAAGUUUUCUCAAGUGGCGGGUGUGUUCGGUAAUCUCUCCCUCGCUUACGGUGCUGGUAUCGUUAUCCCCGACCUGCAGCGUCAACACAGCGACCCUCGUCGUAUGCCUCGUGUUGUCGGUAUCACUGUCGCGUUCGCCUCUGCACUCUUUCUUGUCCUCGCCAGUACUGCGUACUCGGUUGUCGGCUGUCAGAUCUCGGGCAACUUGUUGUUUACGAUCUACCCCGAUAGCGAUACGGGUCUAACCUCUUUGGGAUUCGCGUCGGACUGGGGCAUGGUGGUGCUUGCCUACAUUUUCAUGCAGUUUUAUAUAUCGAUCGCUUUCUCUGUCGUCCUGAACCCGGCAUUCUACCUCGCCGAAUUUGUAGUUCUCGGUAUGCACAAGAAGUCGAUCGUCGAUACUGAGAACGGCUUCGCUUUCGAGGAGAACGUUACCCCCGCUGCUAUUGAUGCAAAAAGCGCGGACCUCAGUGUCUCGAACAGCUCGGGACAGCCAUCGAAUCGGCGUUCUAAGACGUCGUAUGUGUCGGUGGCGGACUCGGAGCGUGUGCAUGACAACGAAGAAGAGGAGGCUGCAGAAUAUAUCGGCACAGGCGUCACCAUUAAGUACGUCUCUCUGCGUAUCGUCAUCAUCACUAUCCUAGUGGUCCUUGCUAUUGUCGUCAAGGAUCACUUCACCGAGUUCGCUGACUUCGUGGGGGCCUCCUGUAUCACCAUGAGCUGCAUCUUGUUGCCAACCACCUUCUACCUCAUCAAGGCUUGGGGGCGCAUUGCUAUCUACGAGAAGGCAGCGGCUGGUGUUGUUCUCGUUGCGUGUUCUUUCUUGGGUUGCUACGUUACGUACACUGCUGGCAAGGCGCUGUUCGCUCCCACGGAGAACGACGCCCAAUUUCCGUACUGCCACGCCGAUUUCGAGAAAACCAUUUACUACAACUACACGGCUGCGCACCAAGAGUAA